AUGACGCAAUUUGAAGACAUUUUGAAAAGCGUCGGUUCUUUUGGACGUUCUCAACAAAUUCAAUACAUAUGUAUAUUUAUCGCGGCUGGCGCUACAGCCUUUUAUCAGAUGGGCAACACGUUUUACAGUGCAUCAGCUGACCAUUACUGUCGAACAUAUAAGAACCAGACGUACGAGACUAACUCCAAGUUGAAGAAUUGUACUAUACCAUACAGUUAUAGUGAAAGUGAAUGGGAGCAGUGUGAACGUUAUGAUGUCAACGUAUCUCAGGAGGUUUCAGUAGAGACCUGCUUUCCACGCUCUGGAACAACUGACUGCGACGGCGAGUGGGUUUAUGAUGACUAUUGCUACGGAAGAAAAAUAGUGUUCGCUAUAUGUUUAUUAUCAACGAUAGUGGUGGCCAUUGCAGCGGCAUUUUCACCAACGUAUUAUUUUUUUCUUGUAUGCCAGUUUCUUCUCGGAGCAUUUCCACAUAGUUUGUUUGUCACCGGAAACGUGAUGGUAAUGGAAAUGAUUGGAGUUAAAUACAGGACAAUACUUUCUUCUCUUACCCAUGUUUCAUUUAGUUUGUUCUACAUGUUAUUUGGCAUUAUUGCAUAUGCCUGGUACGGGAGUUGGCGUCCACUUCAACUCACUGCUGGUCUCAUUUGGAUACUCUUCAUCCCAUCAAUUUGGUUAGUGACCGAGUCAGCAAUGUGGCUUAUACAAAAAACGGAGUAUGCUAAAGCGACGAAAGUGCUGAAUAAAUGGGCUAAAAUGAACAAAACAGAAGUACCGGACAAUUUGUUCAAAGAAGAAAUGGAAAUGGCUGAGAAGAAAAAAGACGGCGGGGAAAUUGAGAAUAAGCCCCAAAAAUAUACAGUUGUCGAUAUUUUUAAAACUCCGAAUUUGCGGUUCAGUGCAGUUUUGAUGUGUUUCAACUGGUUUUCUUGCAGUUUUGUCUACUAUGGAAUCUCACUUAAUACUGACCAGAUCGGCGAAAAUCCAUAUAUCACAUUUUUCAUCGCUGCAGCUGUUGAAGUUCCAGGACGUUUUCUUGGUUGGUGGUUAAUGAGAACUGUUGGUCGGAGAUGGGCUUUGUGUAGCACGGCCGCUGUUGGCGGUCUGUGCUUGAUAAUAAGUGUACCACCAGAAAAUACAAAUGUUUCGGUAACCUUGGCGAUGAUAGCAAAGCUGUGUAUUGCAGGAACGUUCGUAAUUGUUUACGUGUAUGGUCUUGAACUCUAUCCAACUACAGUUAGGAACGCGGGAAUGGGAGUAUCGUCGAUGUGUGCACGUGUAGGCAGUAUUAUAUCCCCUUACGUAUUUCUACUGGCUGACAUAUGGGAACCAGCGCCGUAUAUUAUAAUGGGGGCGACCUCUGUUGUGGCUGGUUUUCUAGCGCUCCUCAUUCCAGAAACACGCAACCAAAGGCUUCCAGAGACGAUUGAGGACGGGAGAACAUUCGGAAAGAAAUCAUAUAAGAGAGAAAAUAGCGAAAAGGCUAAGGAAAGUGCACGAUCAAUUAGUGUUCAAGUAGACAUCGAUGUUGCUGGCGACGUACUGAAUAGCGUUGAUGGUGUUGGGAAAGAUGUUCAUCCAACAGUUAACGGACAUUUAAAUAGAGCUUAUGAAAAACAAUCAUAG